GUACACGAGAUUUCACCGCAUAUGGCUGCUCGUUCAACUCUUUUGAAGUCAUUGAAUUAUUUUCCUCGUUCGAGAAGAUCUUCCGUCCCGAAGAGUAACUAGGACAAAUUCAAUAACGUUUUCAUGUUCCAAUCAUAAUUGAAACUCGAGUGCUGAAGGAGGCCGAUAACCUAUACCAUCCCAUAUUUAUUUAACAUAUGAUUCACGUAUUAUAACAUAAGAUAAAAUGUCGAGUGAGGAAUACUGCCGCUAGUACACUUUGAACAUCGCGACUGGAAACCAUUUCAUACAAGCUAGAGCUGAGAAUGUACCAUGUUACAUUGUAUUUCAUUGAAGUUUAGAGCAUAUAUAAUUUAGUUUUCAUUGAAUUGGGUUUGGGCGUGUCAACCCAUUUGUCGUUGGAUCAUUGAAUUGAAAAAGGUGGUAUGGAGAUUAAUCCCAAAAGCACAAGAAUCAAACAAAUCAUAGAUGUACAUUCCUGAAUAUCCCACAUGCAAUAUAAUAAGAACCCUAUUCUUGAAAAUUGAGAAUUAGCUCAACAUUAAAACUAUUAUACUAAACAAGAUGAUGUGGAGGGUUGAAUUGAAUAGAAUUAUUUCAACAGAAUGUUUUGUGGUGCCCGUAGUGGGCUAUGAGUAUACUAUUAGUUGUAUAAGAAGGGAAGAAGACAAGAGAGAAGAAGUAGAGAGGAAAGUGGAAAGUGAAGAAAGGGCCAAAAAUAGGAAGGAAGAGAUUCAAUUCUCUGAAUACUUAAUGUGAAGGGUGGGAAAAGGGUAGCCAUUAAAGGAAACUCAGAAGAGCUUGCUAGCUAGCUUAAGAGAGGACUCUCUCUCUCUCUCUCUCUCUCUCUCUCUCUCUCUCUCUAGCUUAGCUUGAGUGUGGGAACUUGAAGCCCUCUUUGCAAUUUGCCAUGAAAUUCAUCAACCCUAUUGCUCUCACCUAGCUCCAAUUCCAUGCAUCUCUCUCAUUUUUCUUCCCUACUUUCCUUUUGAUUCUUCCAAGGCCAGCCAAUUUGGUAACAAGGGACUUCAUUCUUUUAAGUAAACACCAACCAAGUUUACCUCUUUGCCACUUCUCUCAUUCCUGUUCUUCUCUCUUCCCCUUACACCACACAUACCAUCAAUACCAUACUCUCUUCUUACACUUAUCUUGUAGUUCCUUAUACCACAUACCAUUCUUUCUCUUCUUACACUCAUCUAGUAGCUCCUUAUACCACAUACCAUUCUUUCUUCUUCUUCUUCUUCUUCUUCUUCUUCUUCUUCUUCUUCUUCUUCUUCUUCUUCUUCUUCUUCUUCUUCUUAUACUAAUCUUGUAGCUCCUUAUACCACAUAUCAUCAAUAGUUCAAUACCCUUACACUGGUGUGGUAGCUCAAAAUGAAGUUCUUUGGUUGGAUGCAAAACAAGUUAAGUGCCAAACAAGGCGGCAACAACAACAACACUAUUAUUAGUAAAAAAGCGACCACAUCAUCGGCUGGUUCAUCUACGCGAUACCAAACGCAAGAGUCUAGGGAAGAAUUCAGUGAUUGGCCACAUGGAUUAUUAGCCAUAGGGACAUUUGGCAACAACAACAACAAUGAUACCAACGAAAUCCAACGAGUCGUCGAAGCAGAAGAGGAUCAACAACUCGAACACCACCAAAAUGAAGAAGAUCCAAUGUCAUCGCCAGAUGAUUUUCAAGAUUUCACACCCGAAGAGAUCGGGAAGCUGCAAAAGGAGCUGACGAAGUUGUUGACCAAAAAGGCAAACUCUGAUAAGGAGAAGGAGCUUGUUGCUAACUUGCCACUGGACAGAUUUCUAAACUGCCCAUCCAGUUUGGAAGUCGAUAGGAGGCUUAGCACAGGAGUUGCCAGCAGUCUUAACGAGUCGUUUGAGGAACACAAUAAAGAGGAGUAUGAUAUUGAGAGAACGAUCAGUGUCAUACUUGGUAGAUGCAAAGAUAUUCGAGCCAAGAAGAAAGAGAAGGCUAUUGGGAAGAAAUCCAUUUCUUUCCUCCUAAAAAAGAUGUUUGUUUGUUCGAGCGGAUUUGCUCCUCAACCGAGCUUAAGAGAUACUUUAGCUGAAUCAAGAAUGGAGAAGCUUCUUAGGACCAUGUUGCACAAGAAAAUGAGCUCUCAAAACUGUGCCUCGAGAGCCUCUUCAAUGAAAAGAUACAUUGGUGAAAAAUUACAACUACACAGAGGAGAUCAACAGCAAGAAGAAGAUGAACAAAGGCGGCAUAAAACAGCCUCCGAUGGAUCAAAAUGGGUCAAAACUGAUUCUGACUAUAUUGUUCUAGAGAUUUAACAGUCUUCGAAAUAAGGCAAUGAUAUUAUUAAAAAUUAAGGUGGGUUAAACCCGUAUUUCUAACUUUCGAAAUUUUCAAAUACCAUUUAAACGAGUGAGAUAGGAAUGCGACUAAUUGGUGAUAUGUCCAUUGCUUUGCAGAUUUGUGAAUGAAGAGGGGAGCUCAUGGAGAUGGUGAUGAUCAAGAAGCAAAGGAUACUUUGACAAUGAGCACAUCAAUGAAAAUAGCACAUAAACAUUUUGUCUAUUA